AUGCCUUUAAGUCACCCUUAUGUCGUCUGGAAGGCCAGACCCGUCGAAUGGAACACGAGUGAAGCCCGAGGCGGGGACCUUAGGAGUCCCCAUGGCACACUCAGCUUCGCAGAUGGCAAUGGUCGCCACAAAAUUGAGAUCAGCGUUCGAUCUAGAGACACUAUCGACCAGCGCCUUAUUUUCUGGACUGACAAGCUGACAAACGAGGCACAAUUCGGACACCGUAUUAUUCAGGCCCUCGAGAAUAUUGGCGGGUUCAGCUACCACCAGAACCCCCCACGCCUCGACUUUUUCCGUGAUGGCUUCCUGAAUAUUCAUGCUGGUACUAUCCACGAUACAAACGUAGAAGGGCCAAACAAUGAUAUUACUGAUGACCUGGAUGCCUUCUUUCAAGCCGACUCAGCGGACUUCGAGAGGUCGACGCUGUUCGUCUGGGGAGAGCUAUCGGCCACGGAUCCAUUCACCAACCGCGAUUGGUACAGUGAGAAUGGACGCAGCAAGGAUGGUGGUACCGUCAUGCAGUCACCUGAUGGCAUGUGGAAGUACUUUUUUAUCGCAUUUGCCGGGCGGGCGUCUGAAACAGACAACAAUGGAAAUCCGGCAAGUGGCGACGCGACGGUUAUGCUCCACGACUUCAUUAAUGCCUCGCCGCCCGUCACGCCCACUAUACCCGUGACUCCUGGACAGGCAAGCGGCGUAUGGAUUCGUUCGGCGCUCGUCAACCCCGAGGUCUACGUUGCGAAUACUCGUGAUGGUGUAAUCGUGCUGAAGGACGCAGAGGGUACUGAGAUGCACCGUGUCUCGUACUCAUCGAAUGUGCCCUCUGGACGAUGGAUCUUCGUUGGGCCGACUAGGAGUUCAUUAUAG